UUCUUGGAGUGGUUUGUGGGGAUGUCGCAAAGAUCAGCGGUCGCCUUGCCCUGAGUCUUGCCUAUAUAUUGUGCAUGAGCCCACCUGACCCUCAUCAGAACCUCCUUCACUACUGAACAAUGAACGCUAAGGUGCUCCUCCUCUUGACUCUAGUGGCAGCCGUCGCUGCAGAGGGCUCUCACUCCCACGAGGACUCCUACGGCGCGUCCUCCGAGGAAGCCAAGUAUGAAUUCAGCUACCAGGUAAAAGACGACGAGGGCAACGACUUCGGCCACGAGGAGAGGCGCGACGGCGACCACACUCAAGGCUCCUACUACAACGAGCUGCCUGACGGCCGCCGCCAGACCGUCACAUACGAAGUGAAGGGCGACUCCGGCUACGUGGCGGACGUCAAGUACUCGGGCGAGGCUCACUACGACUCUGGCUCCUACGAGUCCAGGGAGUCCGAGUCCAGGGAAUAUUAUAACUAGGUCUGCGAGGAGCAGCGCACGCAGCGGUGCCGCCUAACCCACACGUCGGCUGAGCCCAGCCUGGGGCGCCGGGCCCCGCCGCACACGCCCACAUCCUCCUCUAUGGCGUGUGUGGGCGUCUCCUUACGUUCGUUAUGCAAUGUUGUUGUACUCGUAUGUCGUUGCCAUUAAAGCGCAUGUCUGUUA